CUGCAGCCGAGAAGGACACAACUACAAAUGGUGGAACUAAAGCACCCGCUGGACAACUCAGCCCCGGCUGCAUCCACGGCAGCAGGAAUGCUGGAGUAUGCAAAGGUCUAUUACGAAGACAUCUUAACGACAUGGAGACCACAAGAUGACAUAAACACGGAUCUUACCGGAGUCUCGGACAUGUGGACCGACACUCAUGUCAAGCUCCAAGUGCAAGCUAAACUGGAUCUCGACAGACCAGUACCAGUGGAAGAGACAAGGCAGACACUAUGGAGCAUGGCAAAAGGAAAGUUGUCGGGCAUCGAUGGACUCACAGUUGAGUUCUACAUCAAGAACUGGAAUGUGGUCGGCCCAACAUUGGUGGAAGUGUACAACGAGGUGCUGGUGGGUGGCAAGCUAGGAGCAGUGAUGACACAUGGGGUUAUCACACUCCAAUUCAAAAAAGGAAACAAGGCCAAGGUUAAAAACUGGAGGCCAAUCUCCCUCUUGAACGUCUCGUAUAAAGUUUUUGCGAAGACCCUCACGAGGAGACUGGCUCGAUACCUUCCGGACUUGAUUGGUGAGGACCAGGGGGUGUUCGUCCAAGGACGUUCCAUAUUCAAUAACAUUGUCACCGCCAUUGAAGUCUUGGAGGUGGUACAAUCGGAGAAUCUGGAUAUGGCGGUACUUCUCCUCCACCUCGAGAAGGCGUAUGACAAGGUUGGUUGGACAUUUGUACUCACAACACUGAGGCACAUGGGUUUCAGCGACGACUUUUGCAGGUGGAUCAUUGCAAUGUACACCCACUCCACGUCAUCGGUAGCAGUGAACGACCAUCUAUCACUACCUUUCAAGCUCACUUGAUUUCUCAGGCAGGGUUGUCCAUUGGCGCCACUUCUGUUUGUGCUGCAGAUGGAAGUCUUGCUGAAUAAAAUUAGAAGACAUCC